AUGGCUCUAAAUACAGAUCCCAUGUGUUUAGACAUUAAUAUAGUUUCAGCCAGAGGCCUUACUGGAGUUGACCCAGCGUCCAAACCCAAGCUAUACGUCGUCGUUUCAUUCUUCGGCGCCGCGGUGAACCAGCAGAGGGCUCGGACCAACGUGGACAAGGACGGCGGCGGAAAUCCUACGUGGAACUUUGCAGUGAAAUUCGCCGUCGACGUGGAGGCAGUAAAGCAAGGUAUAGAGGGUAGUCUUGUCUUUGCUCUUAAAUACGAGGAUGGGAGGGGAGACAGAGAUUUAGGGGAAGUCCACGUGUCGGUUGCGGAGCUUUUGCAGUCUGCUGGAGAUGAAAAAUCCAUGCGAUACGUUGCCGUUUCGUAUCCGGUUAGAAAACCGUCGGGAGAGACGGUGGGCGUGUUGAAUUUCGAAUAUAAAUUUGGUGGUUCUCCGGCGAGUGAUACACCGCCGGCUGGUUUCCCCACGAGGUAA